GCGGCGGACUACCUGUCACCAUUUACUCGGUCGGUCAGUGGGGAUUUGACGAUGGAACGACAUCGGCAUACGACUAAAGUGCAAAUGUUCGCGGGGUCAAGAGCGACCAAGAUAAUGUCGUGGGAGGCUCUGUGGGAUAUGGGAAGUCCGGCAUCGUUUGCACAAGAAAGGUGGCGUUCAGGCGGUUGUGGCAGACGGUGCCUCCGCACAUUCGAGAUGUCCAUUUCGACUAUUGUGCAAGAUAUUUGGCGGAAUUGGACAAAUCGAAAAUCUUUAGGACGGGGCAGAACACGUGCGCGACCUGGAGAGGUUUUUCGAGCGUAUGGUCAAGUUCAACCUGAAACUGGCACCCAAGAAGACGAACCUGGGGGUGAAGGUGGUGACGUUCUUGGGGCAUCAAGUCACGGCGGAAGGGAUCGGGCCGGACCCGGACAAGGUCAGACCGCUGCGUGAAGUGCCAAUGCCCACUAAUGUCAGCCAGUUGCGAUCGUUGUUGGGGUCCUUGCCGUACUAUCGAAAGUUCCUGAAGACCAUGUCGGCAAAAUUGAAACCGAUCAAUGCGAUGCUUAAAAAGGGGGCGAGGUUUGCGUUCACGGGUGAUCAUGUGGCAGUAGUGAGGAAGAUGAUGGGUAUUCUGUCUGGUCCUUAAGUUUUUGCAUUUCCGUGUUAUGAGGGUGCGAUCUCGGGAGCGCGGCCGUAUCGGUCAACCGCUGAUGCGUCGAUUUCGGGCUUGGGAGUCGUAAUCGAGCAAGGGCAACGAGAUGGAAGUAUUCGACCGCUAUGCUUUUGAACAGAUCAACAUUUCCGAAUGAAACGAGAUGGAGUCCGACUGAGCUUGAAGCGGGUGCGAUAGUGUGGGCGAUAAAGAAGAAUCGAACACCAUUUUAUGGCACCCCCUUUGAAGUGUACGAUAACUAUCAACCCUUGCGGAAUUUGGGGAGUUUGGCAGAGAAAAACAAUCGCGUACAGAGGUGGUAUGACUUCCUGUCAGCGUACACGUAUGAACUGAAGUAUCGACCAGUGCGAGAGAAUGCAAAUGCCGAUUUGAUGUCACGGUUGACAUUGCCUGCGACGAACGAGAAUGGGGUACCAGAUGUCAGGCUAGCUGAUUCGUCUGAUUUCGAUGUUUAUAUGAUAGGUGCGAGCGGGGUGCUACCUUCGCGAUUGGGUCCGGUGUAUACCGAGCGAGAGGCGCUCGCUGGGUCGAACCAUCGCGAUGAUUUGUGGUGGGGGAAAGUGGCUGUACAUCGGCAAGCCUCACUACGGAUGAACUGGCAGACAAGUCGUGGGCGCUGAUCCAAAGGGGAAAGGGCGUGUUCAACCCUUUGCCUGAUGGUGCGUGUGUGCCUGAUGACACCCGGUUGGUGGAACCGAGUGGGGAAGUAGUCAGCGGUCAGUUUGAGCCAGGGCUGAUAUGGCAUGCUGUUCCUUUAACGGGAAGGGGUUCCGGGGGCAGAGGUCCGGCAGCAACCCCGUUGCCUCAAAUUCCGUUGCAAGAGUAUGAUGAAGAACAGACGCAAGCGGCAAUUGGAUUCGAGGAGAAAUCAUGUGGUAAGACGGCUAGUGAUAGGGCAGACAUUCAGGAGGAAGACGAUACGGCGCGACUCGCAAUGACGGCCAUUGAAGGGCAUGCUGAUCCAAAGAGGAUGGAGAAGGGUGAUAUUCCGAAAAAUGUAGACGUAGAUUCGGAUGAGUUGAAGCAGUUGGUGGCACAGGGUGCUUUGUUGGUGUCGCCGAUUUCGAAGCAUUUGUUGGUGAGGAAAGAAUCGAAAGCCCCUGCGGAAAAUCCAAAUCGAAACCCAUGGCAAUUUGAGAGGUUGGUAGGUGAAGAGCCGGUUCGGACGUAUGUGCCUAGGAUGUUGAGACCGUGGGUCAUGGAUUGCGCUCACAGAGAAGAAGUGCAUUUGGGAGAGAAAGUGACGUUGGGUAUUUUAUAGAGUAUGUUUUGGUGGAUAGGAAUGGCGGAAAGCGUACUUUGGUGGAUCCGUAGGUGUUAUUCUUGUCAGUUUCGGAAAGUGCCGCGGCAUGUAUGGUGUUGGCCCUUAGUGUCUUUGCCUCUUCCGAGCAGACCGGGACAGAUGGUGUCGUUUGAUUAUUUUGGGUCCGUUGCCGAAAACCACGAAAGACAACGAGUAUGUGUUCCUGGUGGUAGAUUUAUUCAGCAGACAUGCCGAGGGGUACCCACAAAUGAAGGCGCAAAAGAAUGCGAAGUGUUUUUUUUGUGUCUAUCAUGGUGAACGAUUAUAUUGCGAGGUGGGGCUGUCCGCACACCAUGUUGUUAGAUAGGGGAGCAGAGUUUGCGAAUGAGGUAGCGAAAGGGGUGUAUACGAUACUGGGGACGGUGAAGAAAUUUGUCAGCACAUAUCAUCCGCAGACGAAUGGGAUGGUUGAACGGUUAAAUUAUACGUUGUGUCAAAUGUUGUCGCACUUGGUUGCGGACGAUCAGGCGAACUGGGAUGAGAUGUUGCCACACGCGGUAGCGGCACACAACAGUAACGUGAGCCGAGGGACGGGGUUAGCACCAAACGUAGUACAAAUCGGAAGAUGCCCGAGGCUGCCGAUGACGAUCUUGGAAGGAAGGGGUGUUUCGGGAAAUCAGGGCCUAAAGCAAGACCAAUUGGAUUAUUUGAAUUUGAUUAGGGAUAAGCAGAGGAAGGCGUACGAGCUGGUAAGAGCAGGAUAAGAUAACCAAGGCUGAGCAUGAAAAGAGCAAUCAGGUGUUGAACUCGAUAAUAGGAAAGAGGCCGAAGUAUAAGGAUGGGGACUGGGUCUUGGUGUAUGAUGAGAAGAGUACGAUUUCUGUUGGGAGGAAACACGUGCUUAAAUCGCGAGUGAAUAGUAGGGGUAAAGAUAAAUCGUUCGCGUUGAUCCCAAAGUUGGCACACAAUUGGACCGGCCCGUACAAGGUGUUGAUCGUGGGUCCAGGGGAUGGUCUUGAAGGGCAAAAGGUGGGCCCGAAUAUUUUGUAUUUGGACGUGAAUAAGGAUGAGCCAGGGAGGAACAUUAACGAGAGGGUGUCGGUGUAUCGGUGUAAGGCGUGUUAUACUCAGCACGAGAACGAGGAUAGACCUGGGUUUUUGCCGUGGGGCUUUAGCAAGUAUGUGUUGAAUAAGUUUUCAGAGUUGGCACCUCCGUUCCAUCUUACGGCAGAGGACGUGGAGGAAGAAGUGGAUAGUAAGGAAUUGGUCCCGUGUAAAAUAUCAAGGCGCAUAUUUUGUCGAGGUAUCAAAGGGAAGGGGCGGUUCAGUACUACACGCAUUGGACGGGGUUGGCUAAGUGUACGUGGGAGCAUGAAGUAGAGUUGGAGAAAUAUGGGGAGGGACGUGGUACCUAAGUAUUGGAAUGAGCAGCCGGAACAAUCGGCCGGACGGAACAUAAGGUAUCGGAGGUAUCGUAUUCAGGGUGCAAACAGGACGAUUGCUAGCAGGAAGGGAGAAAGGCACGUGCAGAAAGAUUACAAACUUUGUGGUGACAUACGGGGUA